AUGCCACCUUCACCAAAAGCGAAAAAGGCAGGGGCCGGCAGAGGCCGCCCGGCGAAGAGCGCCGCCGCCAGCACCGGCUCACCAAGCAAAGCGCGCAAGUCCACAGGAGGAGCAGGAAAAAGGCCCGCAGGAAAGCGACCAUCGAAUGUGCAACCCGGCGACCCAACCCCCACCGGCAAGCGCCGCCGCUACAAGCCCGGCACCGUGGCCCUUAAAGAAAUCCGCCGCUACCAACGCUCCUACGACCUUCUCAUUGCCAAGCUGCCCUUCGCCCGACUCGUCCGCGAAGUCGCCCUCGACCUGCUCCCCGCCGACGUCGGCGCCGAGCUGCGCUGGCAGUCCCACGCCAUCCAGGCUCUCCAAGAAGCCGCCGAGGCCUUCAUGGUCCACCUGUUCGAAGACACGAACCUGUGCGCGAUCCAUGCGAAGCGCGUCACCAUCAUGCAGAAGGAUAUCCAACUUGCGCGCAGGAUUCGCGGGGUGUGGGGUGGGCUUGGGUAG